CAUGUUUAAUAAAUAAUAUCAAACAUUGAAACAAUCACAACAAAUCAAGAUUAGUUUAUUUUAAUAAAAUAAAGCCACAUAUCUACAGCUAUAAAGAUAACGUAAAAUUACAUUAAAGUAAAAUUUUAAGUGUAAGCAGUUAAUUGUAAAGCAAAAACAGAUAUAAAACAAAAAGAAACACGUGAAUUAAUUACAUACAAUUGAUGUAAAUAAGCGAAACUACCUGUCUCACAACAUGGUGGUUACGACACGUGAAGCGACAAAAACCUAGGUCAAUGGGUAUUUUUUGGUAAUAAGCGUGAUUAGGAACAUUGGAAAAAUAUAAAAUAUAGACUAACGUUAAUUAUUCUAAAACUGGUGACGUAAUAUAUUUUGACGUUGCCAUGUUUGUUGACAGUUGAGUUUUGGGUUAAAUAACCUCAAAAACUUGAGGAUUUGUCAGAGGGAAAAUUAUGGAUAACACGACGGGAAGUGUGAAAAACGUGUAAGAAUGGAAGGAUCCAGAAAUCCGGACCAUGACAAAACCUCAUUUUGGAAGAAAAACAGCAAAACAGUACCUGGACGACCAAGCCCCAAGAAAGAUGUGAAAAGUAGCUCAAAACCAAAAAUGGUAGGUGCCACGUCGUUUCAAGACUUUCAAGCUUCUGUUAGCGACGCCUGGGCAAUGGACGACGACGAUUUCUGUAUAAUAUCAGGACUAGAGAACACGAAAAUAUCGAAAAAAGUGUCACAAUCCGCAGCUUUAAACGUACUAAACAGCCACCGCAGCAGCACAGAUACUCCAAACUCGAAUGAAAAGCCUGAAAGUGGAGAGAUGGAGCACGUUAGGAACAGUAGAAUCCCGGGCAGGCCCCAACAAUUGCAUUGUCUACACCCGCCACAGGAUGAGGAUAGUGAAUCUAAGUUGGAACGUUUUGAGAGUGUUUUAGCCAAUCCUCCCAGUCACCAGGAAUUGUGCAAAUUGAGCUGGUCUGGGAUUCCCGUUAAGGUUCGCGCAAUCACCUGGAGGCUGUUGUCGGGGUAUUUGCCCAUCAAUCUGGAGCGGAGAAAUGGCGUCUUAGAGAGGAAAAGACAAGAUUAUUGGAAUUUAGUGGACAAGUAUUACUAUGCUGACCAUGAUGAGACUAAUCGUGAUAUUCAGCACCAGAUCAAUAUUGAUGUGCCAAGAAUGAACCCUUCAAUUCCCUUGUUUCAACAAAAAACUGUACAAAUUAUGUUCGAGAGAAUUUUGUUUAUUUGGUCUAUCAGACAUCCUGCCUCAGGUUACGUUCAAGGGAUCAAUGAUUUGGUGACUCCUUUUUACGUGGUGUUCCUUCAAGAGUUUAUUUUGAAUAAUCAAGCUUUUGAAACGUUUCAAGUUGAUACUUUAACGGAAGAACAGCUUAGAAUUAUUGAGGCUGACUCGUUUUGGUGUUUAUCCAAAUUUCUAGAUGGUAUUCAAGAUAAUUAUGUUUUUGCGCAAGUUGGUAUACAACGCAAAGUACAUCGGUUAGAAGAAUUAAUUAAAAGAGUUGAUGAGACGCUUCAUCGCCAUCUCAAACAACACAAUGUUAGUUAUUUACAAUUCUCGUUUCGUUGGUUGAAUAAUCUGCUCACGAGAGAGCUUCCUUUAAGAUGUACUAUUAGGUUGUGGGACACAUAUUUAGCAGAAAACGAUUGUUUCGCUUCGUUUCAACUUUACGUUUGUGCUUCUUUUCUUCUUUACUGGAAAGACGAUCUUAUGCGACAAAAUGAUUUUCAAGGACUGCUAUUAUUACUUCAAAAUCUUCCUACUCAGUCUUGGACAAGUUCUCAAAUUAGUAUUUUAGUAGCAGAGGCGUAUAAAUUGAAAGUUAUGUUUGCAGAUGCUCCCAAUCAUUUGCAAAGUAACACUGGUGAUAGCUGAUUAAAUACUGUAUUGUAAUAAAUUGAAUGUUCUUUUAUAAUUAUUGUUUUGAAACAAAACUCUUACAUUUGUUGUUGUAAAUACAUGACUUGACACAUAUUUUUAUAUUGUAUAUGUGAUUUGAAAUAACAGUUACUCAAUAAAAUCAUCAAA